AUGUCCCAGGAGGUGUCCGUGUCGCUCUGGUGUGAAGAAGCAGGAGACGCUCACAACCCGGUCCAGGUCCAGGAGCAGGUCCAGGAGCAGGUCCAGGAGCAGGUCCAGGAGCAGGUCCAGGAGCGGUGCGAGGUCCCGGCCGCCUGGGACCCGUCGGUGGUGGGGCAGAGGGCCGUGACGAGGCUCCUGCAGCUGGAGAGGAGAUACCUGCCCUCUGCGCUUUACGUCCGACUCAUCCAGGGGGCGCCACAGAGCAGAGACGAACUGGUCAAGUGGGCCAUGGAGGUGUGCUCGGACGUGGGCUGUGAGGAGCAGGUGUUCCCCCUGUCGGUGUCCCUGUUGGACAGGUUCUUGAGUUUGACCCUGUCGGUCCCUGCCGCUCCCGUCUGUCUGGUGGCGUCCUGCGUCCUCGUGGCGUCCAAACUGACCGAGUGCGAGACGCUUCCCGUGGACACGCUGUGCGCCGCCGCCGAGUACAGCUUCAGCUCGCACAGCCUCAGGGAGAUGGAGCGAGUUCUCGUGGCGACUCUUCGUUGGGACCUGGCGUCCGUCACGCCUCAGGACUUCCUGCCUCACUUCCUGUCGGCGGCGGUGACGUCGUGGCGUCGCGGCGGCUCGGACCUGGCGUCGACGGCGCGCAGACACGCCGACACGCUCGCCGCUCUGUGCGUGUGCGACUCGCGCUUCCUCGGGGCCCCGCCGUCCCUGCUCGCCGCCGGAGCUCUGUGCUGCGCCCUCAAAGGUCUGAGGGCCCCGCAGAACCUGGAGAACCUGGAGAACCUGGAGAACCUGGAGAACCUGGAGCUGAGCACGGAGAGACUCGCCCACCUGUGCCAGACCGACCCCGCCGUGCUGCAGUACUUCUCGGAGAUGAUCGAGCUGGUUCUCCGUGAGCGUCUGAGCGGUGGACUCCAGAGCGCCCCCUCGCAGAAGGACGAGGAACUGACGGAGGAGCCGCGCCCCGGGACGCCGACGGACAUGACCGAGAUCGACUUUUAA